CCUCACCGUUGCUUUGAGAAGAUCCGUCAAGUGCUGAUGCGAUCCAUAUUUGGGUUAUUCUGGGUCUUUUCACCGUCACCAUUCUACGCUAUUCUUUACACAUUUUCCCUUCUUCAAACUCUUUACUAAAAACCCGCUGGGGCAUUAAGGAACAGCAAGGAGGAAUCAUGGUUCACCUUUGUAAUGAGCGCUUCCCGAGACAUGUUCGAAUGAGCACACGUCACUUGGCAGGCUUCAACGCUGGCAUCGGGCAACGACACAUGGAGGUUCUUCUGUGCAUCCGCAUCUUGCUACUACUUUUGCAUCACCAUUUUUGUAUAUACCUUUUUGAACAAACACUCUACUCUCUGGCAACAGCCGGCGCUGCGAGUCGGAGGAUGAGAUGUGCGCUGCCGGGCAGCAGCGCGAGUGCGAUCGAAGCCUCCAAUGAAUCUAAUACACGCUGCAGCGGCUGCCUGAACGGGCGGCCGCAGGCCCGUGGUCCUUUAUUGGAACAUACGUAUGUGCCUUUGACUUGUGCGUGUUUUGUGAUGCUGACAGUGGGCGCGGCAUGGUACAUUACACGUGCGUUUGAACACGACUCAAGACUUGGAUCAUGUCUUGGGUUGCACGAUCCGUCGCCGUUUCCGUUUGGCAGCUCCAGUGCGUACACAGUACGUCACAGGAAGUCUGGCCCCGUCUCCACAGCCUUGCCGUGCCUCGUCGCCAGUCAACUCGACCAAGUGGCGAAACCCCGCAGUGCCCUUGUCAUUGCCGCGCCGCUGAUCUCACGGCGUGGGCACAGCUGUGUGAGGGAUACCGCUGCAGCCGCGGCGGUAUGGGGUUAGGGUAGGCUGGGUGUGUAAGCGUGGUUAGUAUCCAUGUGUAGUUGGAGAAUCGGGUG